AUGCGGCGGGGCCGGGCCGCUGCCGCCCUGCUGCUGCUGCUGCUGCCGCUCCUGGCGGGUGCCCUGCCCGGGCCGGCGGCCCCGCCGGCUCCCACCGAGGAGUGCGGACGACGGCCGCUCUUAGACAGCGCCUCAGGAUCCCGGGUUGUAGGUGGCCGCGACGCUCAAAGCGGAGCGUGGCCGUGGGCGGUCAGCCUCCAGAUUCGCCACGCCGGCGUACAAUUCGCACACGUUUGUGGGGGAGUCUUAGUUAAUGAGAAGUCAGUACUCACGGCGGGCCACUGCGUUACGGGAAGGAAGGACCCAUAUUCCUGGAGAGCUGUUCUGGGUGUGCAUAACCUUCGGAAACAUGGCGAACACGCAGCAAAAAGAACUAUCAGAAGCAUCGCUGUGCACCCGGAAUUCCAGAGAGAAACAUUUGAGAAUGAUAUUGCGUUAUUUGAACUUAAUUCCGCAGUACGCUACAGUGACUACAUUCAGCCCAUCUGCCUACCUCCUGCACACCUUCACCCGCACCUCGACAAUGCAACAGAAUGCUUUAUUAGUGGUUGGGGGCGUACAGCUGAAAAAGGUAAAACUUCGGCUGUGUUAAAAGAGGCACGAGUGGAAAUCAUUCCUUCUAGCGUCUGCAACAGCUCUGAUGCAUACGGAGGUCUGGUUAACCACAACAUGAUUUGUGCUGGCUCCCGAUCAGGAGGCAUCGAUACCUGUCAGGGAGAUAGCGGUGGACCACUAGCAUGCCAUCACCCUGGCACUGACAAGUACUACCUGAUAGGGAUCACCAGUUUCGGAGUUGGCUGUGGCCGACCAAAAUUUCCCGGGCUCUACGUCCGUUUGUCUCAGUACAGGGGAUGGAUAAAAUCUGCACUUCUGUUGAGUAACAGGGCUGCGAAUCGCCUGAGCAUUACCCUCACCAUCGCUCUGACUGCGACACGGGCGGUACUCGCGUAG